GCAUGGUGAUAAGAAAAUGCAUAUAACUCUCAUGAUACGCCCACGGCCAUGUAGUCCAAGCUCAGCCAAAGGUGAACUAAUGCCACCAACCACCAACAUAGAGCAACAACAGAGGAGCACCAACAAAGUGACGGUAGAGCCAGAGACGGGUAACGACAAUAAUCAGAACCAAGUGGAAAGUGGACCAGUUACUGGUGAUGCCCCCGGGCGGGAGCAACAGGUCCACGCCACACAGAGCAAACCAGAUGGGAAAAAGGCGCGCCUACGGUAAAGCGGGACAUGGACCUGGACGUGGAUAUCGAGCUCAAAGCCAAGAUUCAGGGGGAUCUCACACUGGUUAUCCUGGACGAAGACGAGACCACCCAGAAUAACAACCGCGGCGGGCCUCCCAGAAUCGAUGCAGCCAAGCCCGGACCGCCAGGAUGAGAUGAACGGACUGUCGACGACGCAGGGCCCAGAGUCGCAGGCGCAAGACUCAGGAAACGGCGACACGGUGACCACGGUCGCGCACGACGACGCCGGCGGCCGCCGCUUCCGCCGUUGUUGUCGCCGCCGCCGCCACGGCAUCCCCUCGGAGCGCUACCCUCCGCCGGCGGCUGCUACACCACGUCCCGCUCGCAGCCGUGCCCCGGGGGGCCGACGUUGGCGGAGCGGCGGUGGUGACGGUGGGCACGGCGGCGGGGCAGCCGCAGCGGUUGCGGAUCGUGGAGAAGACGGCGCAGUCGAGGCGCAGGCACGUCGAGCACACGGUGGCGGUCGCCGUCACGGUCGGGCAGCCGCCCGCGCCCGGCGGGGUCGGGUCGGGCCAGGGGUUCACGCUGCUGGUGACGAGCUGGGCCGCGGUAAUGCUGGGGGUGGGAGGUUUGGGGGUGGUGGCCAUGACGCCGUCUUAUACACAAAGGGGCCAGAACCAGGCGACACACAGUCCAAGAUUCGUGCUAGCCGGGAGCCGUGA